AUGAAAAGUCCCAUAAUUUCAUUUUUAGCAAUUUUUUCAGUUUUUGCAAUUGUUUUUGCAGAAACUCAUACUUGGUGGUAUGAAGCAAAUUGGGUUGAAAAAAAUCCUGAUGGUUCAUUAGUUAAUCCUGAUGGUAAUUUUCCAAGACCAAUGAUUGGUUUUAAUGGAUCUUGGCCAUUACCAACUUUAAGAGUUAAAAAGGGAGAUAGAGUUCAAUUAUAUUUAAUUAAUGGUAUGGAUGAUAGAAAUACUUCAUUACAUUUUCAUGGUAUGUUUCAACAUGGUUCAAGUCAAAUGGAUGGUCCAGAAAUGAUUACACAAUGUCCAAUUCCACCAGGUGAAACAUUCUUAUAUAAUUUUACUGUUGAUCAACAAGUUGGUUCAUAUUGGUAUCAUUCACAUACUUCAGGUCAAUAUGGUGAUGGAAUGAGAGGUGUAUUUAUUAUUGAAGAUGAUGAUUUCCCAUAUGAAUAUGAUGAAGAAGUUGUUUUAACUUUAAAUGAACAUUAUCAUGAAUACUCAGAAGAUUUAAAACAUAAAUUUUUAAGUAGAUUUAAUCCAACUGGUGCUGAACCAAUUCCUGCAAAUUUAUUAUUUAAUGAAACUAGAAAUGCUACAUGGGAAGUUCAACCAAAUACCACUUAUUUAUUAAGAAUUAUAAAUACUGGUAGAUUUGUUUCACAAUAUCUUUGGAUGGAAGAUCAUGAAUUUACAAUUGUUGAAGUUGAUGGUAUAUAUGUUGAAAAGAAUACAACUGAUUUAUUAUAUAUUACCGUUGCUCAAAGAUAUACAGUAUUAAUUACUACAAAAGAUACUUCAGAUAAAAAUUAUGCUUUCAUGAAUAGAGUUGAUAUUGAUAUGUUAGAUAUUAUACCAGAAGAUUUAGAAUUAAAUGGUACAAAUCAUAUUGUUUAUGAUAAAGAUUUACCUUUAGCAGAACCAUAUCUUUUAGAUUCAAUUGAUGAUUUUUUUGAUGAUUUCUGGUUGAAACCAUUGUCAAAAGAAAAAUUAUUAGAAGAUGCUGAUUAUACUAUUACAAUUGAUACUCAAAUGGAUAAUUUAGGUGAUGGAGUUAAUUAUGCUUUUUUCAAUAAUGUUACUUUUACUAUGCCAAAAGUUCCAACUUUAUUAUCUGCUUUAUCAGCUGGUGAACAUGCAACAAAUGAAUUAGUUUAUGGUACAAAUACAAAUUCAUUUAUUUUAGAAAAAGAUGAAAUUAUCGAUAUUGUUUUAAAUAAUUUGGAUACUGGUAAACAUCCAUUCCAUUUACAUGGUCAUGUUUUCCAAGUUAUUGAAAGACAUCAAGCAAUUGAUGAUGAUCAAGAUCCAGUUGCUUAUAAUGCAAGUGAUCAUGCUGAAUGGCCAGAAUAUCCAAUGAUUAGAGAUACAGUUUAUGUUCAACCACAAUCUUAUAUGGUUUUGAGAUUUAAAGCUGAUAAUCCAGGUGUUUGGUUAUUCCAUUGUCACAUUGAAUGGCAUUUAGAUCAAGGUUUAGCAAUUCAAUUAAUUGAAGAUCCAAUGGGUAUACAAAAUAGUUCAACUCAACAACUUACUGAAAAUCAUAAACAAAUUUGUUCAAAAGUUGGUGUUCCAAUAGAAGGUAAUGCAGCUGGUAAUUCAACAGAUUAUUUGAAUUUAGAUGGUGAACAUCUUCAACAAAAAAGAUUACCUACUGGUUUUACUCCAAGAGGUAUUGUUGCUUUAGUAUUUUCAUGUCUUGCUGGUAUUUUAGGUUUAGUCGCUAUUGCUUUCUAUGGUAUGCAAGAUAUAAAUGAUGUUGAAGAAAGAGUUGCAAGAGAUUUAGACGUUGAUCUUGAAGAUGAUGAAGAAUCUAGUUCAGAAAUAAUGAGAGAAAAUUCUUCUACUGGUAAUUCAUCAACUCAAAAACGUUAA